GUCGUAAAACCUCAGCAGCAGCAGCGGCAGGAGCAGCCGCCAUCCGAGCGUCUACACUUCUCCCACGGGAUUGGAUGCGGUUGACGUUCGCUAUUCCUUCCGAUACAUCGUAUUGUGUAGCGUUGCAUUCGUACAAAACGCUUUCGUUCCUCUUUCCUCUCCGGUACUAUACCGGUCUCUCUCGGUGCUGUUCCGCAGCAUUUAGAAAUCACCUCAAAUUGGAAAUCAAAUAAUCGGAGCUAUUUCUCUUAAUUUCCAUGGCCAAACCUCCAUCGCCACCGCCCGUAAAGAAGCAAGAACACGUGAAAGAGGAAGAGGACGAAGAUGAAGAAGCCCUUCUUUCCUCGCAUGGAGCAUUUUCCUGUCCUUACCCAAACCCUAAUCCUAGCCCUAAAACCCCUUCCUUCCCCCCCACCACCUCCUGCGUGUACCAACGCCGGGUACGCCGUCGCACAUUUCGCGACCCCCGCUUCCCCCUCUCCAAGAAAGCCCGCUGCUUCCUCAAACCUGCCGCCGCCGCUUCAUCCUCCUCCGGCGGCUCCGCUGUCUCCUCCGGAGGACGUGCCAAGAAGUCGAUGGCCGACCUGGACGGCGUCAUCCUUGCAGCCGAGCGGCGGGCGCCCCCGGCGUCGGCGAUGACGCGGGUGGUUCAAGGAGGUGGGGAACUGACGGUCGGCUUGGUGGCCGCCGCCAAGAAGCGGCCGCCCCGGUCCGCCGAGAUGGUGCGCGCCACCUGCAAGAGCAGCGAGGACCGGCUCGGCUGCCGCCUCCUCGCCCGCCGCGCCCGCAUCACCUUCCAAACGCUCCUUGCCCUUUUCCUCCGCAGCGGGGAGUUUCGGCGCCCCGACCUCAAGGCGGCGGAGGUCAUGUGUGACCGCGGUCUCUGGCUCCAUCGCGACCGCCGCAUUGUGGGCCCCCUUCCCGGGUCCCUGAUCGGUGACGUCUUCUUCUACCGCUCCGAGCUCCAGGUCGUCGGCCUCCACGGCCUCUGCCAGGGCGGCAUUGACUUCAUACCUGCCAUCCGGUCGUCCUCUGGUGAGCCCAUCGCCACCAGCAUUGUCGUCUCCGGCGGAUACGAGGAUGACGAGGACCACGGCGACGAGCUCAUCUACACCGGCCAAGGCGGCAAGGCCCGCAACCGCCCCCACCUCUCGGCAGACCAGCAACUCACCGCUGGCAACCUCGCCCUCGAGUACAACGAGCAGUACGGUAUCGAAAUUCGUGUCAUCCGUGGCCUCACAUACGAAGGUAGUCCCUCCGGUAAGGUCUACGUCUACGACGGCCUCUACAAGGUGCACGAACACUGGCGCGAGACCACCAAAUCUGGCUUCACCGCCUACAAAUUCUGCCUUCGCAGGGUUGAGGGCCAGAAACCCAUGGGCAGCUCAAUGCUCAAGUUCGCAGAGUCGCUGAAGGCCUGUCCUUUACCGAAGCAGCCCAAAGGAUACCUCAGUUGGGACAUCUCCCGUGGCGAGGAGAAGGUCACCACCAUUCCUCUGUUCAAUGACAUCGAUGAUUGCUGCGAACCUUUAUCCUUUGGGUACCUCGUCAGGCCCCAAUAUCCUACCCAUGUUCUUGACCGGGACAAUGCCAUCGGAAGCUGGGGGUGCAGCUGCACCUCGAUUUGUUCGUCAAACUGCCAUUGCGCAAAGAAGAAUGGGGGACAAUUUGCUUAUGAUGCAAAUGGGAUUCUGCUUAGAGGAAAGCCACUAAUCUAUGAGUGUGGCUCAUGGUGUCGAUGUCCUCAGAGUUGCCCGAACAGAGUGAGCCAGAGGGGAAUCAGACAUCGGUUGGAGGUUUUCCGUUCAAGGGAGAUGGGGUGGGGGGUGAGGUCAUUGGAUUUGAUUCAUGCUGGAUCCUUUGUCUGCGAAUUCAGUGGAGUUGUGCUUCCAAAUGAGGUGAUUCCACUGGGUGGCAGUUGUUUGCUCCGGUCCAAUCAAUUCCCAGCGAGAUGGUGGGAGUGGGGGGAUGUCUCUGAUGUGUUUCCAGAUCACAGGCCUCCUGACUUCCCUCCCCUGCGUCGGUUGAGCUUCAUGAUGGAUCUGUCAAGGUCGAGGAACGUCGCAUGCUAUAUCAGUCAUAGCUUUUGCCCAAACCUGUUUGUGCAGUUUGUGCUCUAUGAUCACCACAAUGAGUUGUAUCCGCACCUGAUGCUCUUUGCUAUGGAGAACAUACCACCCCUGACAGAGCUGAGUAUUGAUCAUGGAAUCUGAGAUUACGGGGUUGUUGGUUCUCGCAUUUUUGAAGGUGUCAAUCCACAUAUUUUUUGAGCACCUGCCACAGCUUUUGUUGGAUGACUAUGGCACUGCUGGUAUGCUUCUGAAUUCUUCAUGCUUAGGUGUAACUCCUCUGCCACAGCAUAUCUUGUUCUAUGGUGUUUCUACAAGCAUUAGCCCAAAAAGCUCUCUUUAAGACUACAGCGAGCUUUUACAGAAUAUUGUGUCCAUGGCAGCUUAUCACAUGGCUAUGUAACUUGGAAAACAUCCUAGCUUGUUACAAAGCUAAUCUCGACUCUUCCAACCAUCCUAUCGGUGGAGGGAUUCAUAGAAGUUCUGUAAAAGGCUAGGUAAGACUUGGGAAAAGUGCUCACAGUGAUCAGUAAUCAUCCUAUGGAACAUGAGGACUUGUUUUGGGUCGUAGAAAAGGCUGUUCUUUUAAGAAGAUAACAGGAACACUGGGAAAUAACAUUGUAUUACUUGUGUAAUCUUUUGACAUGCAAAGCAUGUACAUAAUAUUUGUUCUUGAUGGACAAUGGACGUACAUGCAUGUUCUCAAGGAUGAUGGUCGUGAGGUACUGUCUUCCAAAUGAUAUAAAUCCCUCAAAUAUCUGCA